CGCUCGCAGACUCGUUUGCGCUCUGGGCUCUCCAAAUCUCCCUCACCCUUGCCGGUUGGCGUUCCCUCGGUGUUGUCGUUAACUUUUCUCACCCUCGCCGGAGCCGGAGUCGUCCGCACAGUAGCUCAUCCUCCGGGCUCAGGCUAGGCUCCCUAGUUCCUCGGUAAUAUAUGACAUCCAUCUCUUGUUAAGGUAAGAAAAUGAAGAUGGCAGUAGGGGAUUCAAAGAAGAUGAGGAAGAACAAGAACAGGAAUAGGAGCAAAGAGCAACAUGAGGUGAAAAACUCCAACCAAAAUGAAGAAAUUUUCCCAGUAGAAAAGGAGGAAAAGAAAAAGAAGAAUAAAAGAAUGAACGUAGAGUUGAAAAGAAGCAAGGAUGAGGCAGAUAUAUCUGAUUUAUCUUAUUCCACAGAUCAGAUGGAGACAAAUGGCAGAGGAAAGAAAAAGAAAAGAUCGUUAAAGAAUAAGAAGAAGACAGAGAAUGAUGACUCAUCUGAAAAAGAAACUGUUAUACUUGACCAACCUAAUGAAAUAGAAGGUGGAUUUUGUCAAGAAGAUAGUGAUGCAAAUCAAAUUGAAGAAAACAAGGACAAAUCAAAAAGAAAGAAGAGAAAAAGUGUGAAGAAGGCUGAAGCAGACAGUGAUGGAAAUGAAGUUGAAGAGAAACAGAAGGGAAAAUCAAGAAAGAAAAGAAAAAGUGAGAAGGCUGAAUCAGACAGCGAUGCAAAUGAAGUUGAAGAAAACCAAAAGGGAAAAUCAAGAAAGAAAAGAAAAAGUGAGAAGAAAACUAAAACUGGUGGAGUUGCUAGGCCCAAUGUUGAUGCUGAAAACAUGUCUGAGCAAGAAAAUGUAGGUAAGUCAAGAAAAACUGAGGACUAUCCACAACCAAAUGCAGAGGAGAAUUUUCAGGGAAAAAGUGGAGAAGCUGAAGAUGUGUAUGAACUAUCUUCUGGAGAUGAAGAUGCCUCUAAAGGAAUGCAAAAAUGGAUUACGGAAUAUUAUCAGAGCAGACCAGGGUUGCAGAUAUUGCAAGAAAAGAUUGAUGAAUAUAUAGUUGCUUAUGAAGCAGAAAGGGAACGGGAAAGGAAGGAAAAAGAAGCCCGUAUUGCAGAAGAUGGAUGGACGGUUGUGGUACAUCACAAGGGAAGAAAAAAGACAACAGAUUCUGAAACUGGAAUUGCAGUUGGUUCUGUUUCCCAGGCUGCUGUAAUUGACAAUAUGACCAAAAAGAAAACAAAAGAAAUUGGACUAGAUUUCUACCGAUUUCAAAUGCGGGAAGCAAAGAGAAAUGAGAUUAUGGAGCUUCAAAGUAAGUUUGAGCAGGACAAAAAGCGUGCCCAGCAGUUAAGAGCUGCAAGAAAGUUUAGACCUUUAUGAAUUACAGAGUAUCAAUUUUACUCGGAUGAUUUUGUUCCCUUUGCAGGUCUAUUUAAAUUUUAAAGUGAUUUAGUGACAUGUCUAAUUUAUGAAACCGUGUAUUGUAUUUCCACCCCCUAAGAAGAUAGAAUUGAGCAGAA